AUGGCACGGAGAAACCAACUCGGUAGCGCUGUUGUAGCGGCUGCUGCGAAGAAAAAGCGUUUGCCAUCGAGAGCGUGGAAAAUGUCGACCGACGUUCAAGAAAUCGAAACGGCCCGCGACGUUCGUUACAAGCUGGAAUGCCCGAUAUGUUAUUCGGUGCAAUAUCCCAUGACGCACGCGUGCCCGAUGAACCACGUGGUGUGCGUGGCUUGCUUUAGACACAUGAGAAACAACCGUUGCCCCGUGUGUCGGGCGUAUCGCGUCAAACGUCAACCGGUGUCGUUGAACAAAACGUUGGAGUUCCGCCGCGUCACGUGCCGCCAUCACGCGGACGGCUGCCGCGUGUUGGUGCGCGUGGCCAACCUCGGCCAACACGAAGCCCGGUGCAUGUACAAACCCGUGUGCUGUGUCUAUCCGGGAUGUCGGUGGACGGAUCCCGUUUGCGACAAUCUGCGCGACCACGUGACGCACAAGCAUCCCGGUAUAACGGUCCGGGCGACGGUAAGUGUUGUUGUCUACGUGUGUUAA